UCAGAGCGAAUAGAACACUAAAAACGGAACAAAACACCAAAAGAGAAAAUUCGAAAAAAUAACAAAUUAGAAACAACUAAAGUGAAUUACACAUCAACCAACAAGUCUAAUAAUACGAGUAAUAAUAACAGCAAUCAGAUUUCCAAAAUUAAAGCAAAACAAAUCAUUUCAUUUUAUUGUUGAUAUUAAUCAUUGGCAAUGAUAAAAACCCAUUAUAAAAACCACAAAUUCUGAAAUAGAAUUCAACAAAUACAAAAAGUGCUGCUAUAAAACGCACAGGAAAAAUAUAUAAAAUUUAUUUAAACGCAAAAUAUAGAGUGCUUGAAUUUUAAAAUAACAAAGUGACAAAACAAAGACAAUUCGUUGUUUAAACUAAACAAAAGUGCUUAAAAGCAAUGAGAACCCAUUCUCUAAGUGAAACUAAAGCCAUUUUAAGUGAUAUUUGAAAAAAAAAAAACUAAAACAUUUGUUACUUAUUAUCUGAAAAGCACUCUGCACAUUCAGGAAAUCCUUCAAAUUUAUUUAGAAGGAGCCAAACAGUGAUAUUCAGACAACUCCAAAAAAAAAAGACAGUGAACUUAUUUGACUUUUAGUCAAGUACCUUUUGUGGAUUGUUUGCUUGGCUAAGUCCUACUUCAAAAUAUUUUCCAAAAUAUUUGCCAACAUGAAACUAAAAAUGCUGCAUUGUUUGCGGUCCUCCAAACCCCCACAAAGUGAUAAGCAAAGAACAUCACAGGAGAUCGAACGCAAAUGUAGUGAAAUGCAUAAAAACUUUCGAGAAGAUGUCAAAAUUCUACUACUAGGCACUGCAGAAUCGGGCAAAACUACAAUUUUCAAACAAAUGAGAAUAUUACACAUCAAUGGCUACACAGAUGAUGAACGACGCGAUGAAAUACCUGAAAUAUAUCAAAAUAUUCAUGAGUCUAUAUAUCAACUAGUACAAUAUAUGUCCAUACUGGGUUUGGAGUACAAAUGUUGUACAAGUCAGCGAAGUGCCUCCUAUAUACUCUCGAUGGGAUGGGCAGCACCCGAAUAUAUGAAUGAGGAAUAUUGCGAUCAUGUCAUCACAUUGUGGAAUGAUUUCGGUAUAAGAACAUGCUAUGAACGUUCAAAUGAAUUUCCUCUUUCGGAUAGUACAAAAUAUUUUCUGGAUAAUUUUGAACGCAUCUCCCAGGAUAACUAUAUACCUACCACCGAGGAUAUUCUACACAGUCGUAAAGUUACAACCGGCAUUCAUAACAUCUCCUUCCGUGUGCCCAUACCAGACUAUUUGGGUGGCGGUGAACAAGUUUUCCAUAUGUGGGAUGUAGGCGGUCAACGUAAUCAGCGCAACAAAUGGAUACAAGUUUUCGAUGGCAUACAUGCGGUACUCUUCCUCAUCUCAUGCAGUGAUUUCGAUCAGUCACUACUAGAAGAUGCAUCCCAGAAUCGGCUGCAGGAGGCUUUAAAUCUUUUCCGUAGCGUUUGGCAAAAUCGUUUCUUGGCCGCUGCUGGUUUUAUUGUAUUCCUUAAUAAACAGGAUAUUAUGGAGCGUAAAAUUGCCUCAGGCAAACACAUUGUCGAUUAUUUCCCAGAAUUUGAGGAGUUCUGCAACAGUCCACAGGCGGAAAGUUGUUUCGAUGAAUGUGAUUGGACCAAGAAGUUUAUAAAACAAAAACUUAUUGAUAUCACUGAGGAGCCUGUCAAACGACCAUCUCGUAAUCUCAUCAACCAUCAGACGAAACGUGAAUGUUACUACCAUUUCACAGUGGCCACCGAUACCUGUUGCAUACGCAAGGUGUUCAAUGAUGUGCACCAGAUGAUAUUACAUGAUAAUUUGGCGCAAAUUGGACUUUUCUGAUGGAGCAAAUGGCUCAAACCUUUCAUAGACUGUGAUUUUUUAGCCAUUAAGUUGAUAAUUCUAAGAAAUGUCUACCUUUUUUAAGAUUUAUUACACAAAACCCCAUCAUCACCAUCUAGCAAACGAUUACAAUAAUUUUAAAGAUUUUACUACCUAAACUAAUCAUAUAGCUUGUAGAGAACUUAAUCGAAAUUUCAAAUUAAUACAAUAACAAUUUAUCUAUAGUUUUGUUUAACCUCGCGCUGUUCUGUUCGAUAACGAAAAGAUAUGCCAACAGCUAUUGUUCUUUCUAAACUGAAGAAUGAGAAAAAUUAUUUUUUUUUGGCUUUAUUACAAUGCCAAGCACGUAUUGUUGGCUGUUAUCGCAUGAUAUCGAUUACUAUCUAUAUAGCUCAUGCUUGAUUUUAACUCUAUCGUGUGCAAGUCAGAUGAUUGAAUAUAUCGAAUUUGCACUUGAUUUCCAUGUGCGAUUAUGUUAUACGGAAUAGUUAUAGAUAUCAUGCGACAAGGACCUAUAGCACCAGCUUUGUACUGGCAAUGGAGCCACAACUUCAAUUCGAGACCAAUAGGUUGUCGAAACAAUAUUUGCUGUGUUUUAUUUUAGUACUACACAAUUCAAAUGAUGAUUUAUAUGUUAUCAUUAUAUGUUGUCGCAUGAUGUACUAUCGGUUAUGAUUUAUCAAUUGUUAUUAUUUGUAAACGCACAUGAUGCACUCUCGGUUAUGAUUUUUCGGUUAUUAUUAUCUGUAAUCGCAUGAUGCACUAUCCUCCUUAUAUUCCAAGUUAAGCCAUUCGAUAAAUUUCCAGAUUAUCGAUAGUCAGUUUUAUUAAUUCUGUACAACUGUAUUCCAUAAUCCAUUUUCACCGUGUUUUCCUUCAAUUCUAUCAGUUUAUAUCAUAUGUACUGAAAAGAAUUCCUGUGGCAAGUUGUACUGAUUGGUUAUCGAUAUCAUGCGAUAUAAGAUAAUAAUAAACCAUAAAUCGUAAUUUUCACUGUAUGUUACAACAAUGAAA